GCUGGUGGGAGGGGAACGGACCCACAGACUAUAUAGUCAAAGAGUUUCCAGAUUUCCAGUGCACCAUCCCGGAGCAGGCUAACCCCAGCAAGGCACCGUCAGGGUUUUUUUGGUUGACAGGUUCUAGCAAGUAGAAAUAAAAGAUGUGUGACGAGGAAGAUACUACUGCACUUGUGUGCGACAAUGGUUCUGGACUUUGCAAGGCUGGCUUCGCUGGGGACGAUGCUCCGAGAGCAGUUUUCCCUUCCAUUGUGGGUCGUCCCAGGCAUCAGGGUGUGAUGGUGGGUAUGGGUCAGAAGGACAGCUAUGUUGGUGAUGAAGCUCAAAGCAAGAGAGGUAUCCUGACACUGAAAUAUCCCAUUGAGCACGGCAUCAUCACUAACUGGGAUGACAUGGAGAAGAUCUGGCAUCACAGUUUCUACAAUGAACUGCGUGUGGCCCCAGAGGAACACCCAACACUUCUUACUGAAGCUCCACUGAAUCCAAAAGCAAACAGAGAAAAGAUGACCCAGAUAAUGUUCGAGACAUUCAACGUACCUGCAAUGUAUGUUGCUAUUCAGGCGGUGCUAUCCCUUUAUGCUUCUGGACGUACAACUGGUAUCGUACUUGACUCUGGUGAUGGUGUCACCCACAAUGUACCAAUCUAUGAAGGAUAUGCCCUUCCCCAUGCCAUUAUGCGUCUUGACCUGGCUGGCCGUGACUUAACAGACUACCUCAUGAAGAUCUUGACUGAACGCGGCUAUUCCUUUGUAACUACUGCUGAGCGUGAAAUUGUCCGUGACAUCAAGGAGAAGCUUUGCUACGUGGCCCUGGACUUUGAAAAUGAAAUGGCAACAGCUGCCUCUUCCUCCUCCCUUGAAAAGAGCUAUGAACUUCCCGACGGUCAGGUCAUCACAAUUGGCAAUGAGCGUUUCCGUUGCCCUGAAACUCUCUUCCAGCCAUCAUUCAUUGGAAUGGAAUCUGCUGGCAUCCAUGAAACCACCUACAACAGCAUCAUGAAAUGCGACAUUGAUAUCAGAAAGGAUCUGUAUGCCAACAAUGUACUGUCAGGAGGUACCACCAUGUACCCCGGCAUUGCUGACAGAAUGCAAAAGGAAAUCACUGCUUUGGCACCCAGCACAAUGAAAAUUAAGAUCAUUGCUCCUCCUGAGCGUAAAUACUCUGUCUGGAUCGGUGGCUCCAUUCUUGCUUCCCUGUCUACCUUCCAGCAGAUGUGGAUCAGCAAACCAGAAUAUGAUGAAGCCGGACCCUCCAUUGUUCACCGCAAAUGCUUUUAAACCUUUACUUUUAUAUAUUAUUUUUGUUUCCAAUACAGUAUGUGUACCUUGAGCGAGAAGUACGUGCCCACCACUUCAUUACAAAAUCAUAUUCUAUUCUCUAAUUGGAUACAAAUUAUUUUUUUUAUUUGAUUUUGUUUUAUUUUGAAUAAAGCUUAUGCUACCAGUUACACCA